CCCGCGUCUACUCCCCCUCCUCAGUGCUCGAAGUCUUCGGGACCUUAUUCCUGGCGCCAUGCACAACAUACUCACACGAAUCAACAACCUCUCGGCGCUGCUGUCGUCCUGCCUGAUGGGCCUUGUGGCGGUUAUUGCGCUCUCGUCUGUCCUUCUCGAGAUGAACACGGCACCUUCAAAGGGGACCGUGUCUAUUCUUGCAAUUAAGUCGGCGCCUGCCAGGACCCCGCAUUUCCGGGUGCGCAACCAGGACGUGACGUUUACGAAGUUCAACAUUACGGCGGACCUCUCGCCCUUGUUCCACUGGAACACGAAGCAGGUCUUCGCCUACCUUCAAGCUGAAUAUACGAAUGCGCAGGGAGUGCACAACGAGGUCGUCAUCUGGGAUAAGAUCAUUCGCAGCAAGGACGAAGCGCGCCUGAACCUCGUUGACAAGCACAAGUAUGCGUUCCGCGAGCUGUCGACGUCCUUUGACAACGUCGGGCCUGCGACGUACACCCUCAAGUACAACAUCAUGCCGUACGUUGGGUUGCUGACAUACGGAGAGGCGGCUCGUACGGAAGAACCGGUUCCGUUCCCUGAGGUGCAGAGUCUGCAGUAGUACUAACAUGAUGUUGCUUGGCGUGUACAAAUGGGCGACGCUAAUACUUGGAUUUGUUGGUGAUGACCUUGUGCAGAACACUCUCAACCUCGAGGCUUCCUUGUGCGAGGCUUCCUUCUGAAGAAUGUCUAUCUCGACCCUGUACCUCUUGCUAUUCAGAUUGUCUGAAGACGUGUACAAACGUGUAGGGUACAAGAGUACAAUCACGUGCACCGUCAUUUGACCUUUCUUUACCUUGCACGUUGUCUUCGCCGUCUUUGUUCUUUUGACGAUCUACAUUUGCUUGCUUGAGUGUCAAGGUACCUUACUCGACAGUGC